CCCGGUGCCAAAAAACACGAGUUCCUCACAAGCGUCCUGGACGCGCUGUCCACAGACAUGGUCCAUGCUGUCUCUGACCCUUCCUCCUCCUCUGGCAGGCUCUCAGAACCCGAUCCCAGCCACACCCUGGAGGAGAGAGUGGUGCACUGGUAUUUCAAACUUCUUGAUAAAAACUCCAGUGGGGACAUCGGCAAGAAGGAAAUCAAACCCUUCAAGAGAUUCCUUCGGAAAAAGUCAAAACCCAAAAAGUGUGUGAAGAGGUUUGUUGAGUACUGUGACGUGAACAACGACAGAUCCAUUUCGGUGCAAGAGCUCACGGGCUGCCUGGGCGCCACCAGGGAAGAGAGCAGAGCCGACACCAAGAAGCGCCACACCCCUAGAGGUAAUGCUGAAAGCACUUCUAACAGACAGCUGAGGAAGCAGGGCUGAAUUCUCCCACCCCCGAGGCAGUCCCUGGACACGUGGGACACUCCUCACCAGUGCA